UAUAAGUUAUUUAGACGUGAAAAUUUUCACUUCCCAGUGAUAAUUUUUAGUGACUUUACUGCAAUAAAAAAAAACAGUUCAAACGCUUAAAAAUACUUAAAAACCCAUAGAUAUAUAAAUAAAAUGGGUCGUAAGAAGAAGAAGGCUUCGAAACCAUGGUGCUGGUAUUGCAAUCGGGAGUUUGACGACGAAAAGAUUUUGGUGCAACAUCAGAAGGCCAAACAUUUCAAGUGCCAUAUAUGUCACAAGAAAUUGUAUACAGGGCCGGGUUUAUCGAUUCACUGCAUGCAAGUACAUAAAGAAACCGUGGACAAGGUUCCUAACUCUUUACCGAAUCGUUCAAACAUUGAAAUAGAAAUUUUCGGCAUGGACGGCAUACCAGCGGAAGAUGUACGAGAACACGAAAGACAGAAAAAUGGCGGCAAAUCUGAUUCUGAUGAUGAUGAGCCAGCUGCCAAGAAAAAAGUCGAAAUUCCAUUAACGGCACCACCACCUAUGAUGAUGCCCCCAAAUAUGAUGCCACCGAUGAUGGGUCAGUUCGGGCCGAUGGGUAUGAUGCCAAACAUGCCGCCAAUGGCACCAAUGCCACCAUUUUUGGGCCCCGGCGGUAUACCAAUGAUGCCACCGCACAUGAUGCCGCCACGGCCGCUAUUCCCCGCAGCUAUGGCUGCCACUACUUCGGCGGCUGCUGUACAUGCGGCCGCCGUACCACAAAAACCAACUUUCCCUGCGUACAGUAAUGCAACAAUUAGCGCACCACCAACAACUAACAAUCCAAGUUCCACAGGAAAUGUAGCACCUACUGAGCCGCCCAAGGCGCCAGCAGCUGCACCAAGUGCAAAUGCUAAUGUCACGUCGAAAAUCAUGCACCCCCCAGAGGAUAUGAGUUUAGAGGAGUUACGAGCACGCAAGCCGAAAUAUCAACAGAAAUUGCACAACAGCGGUGGCAAUAUCAAUCAUCAGCAGCGCACCACAUCAGGGGGCUCGCACAGUCAUAAUCACAAUGCCGUUGUGAGUAGCGCAUCAUCUAUGACAAUUCCAACAAGUUCGAGUACGUCGAGCGCAGCAGCAGCAGCAGCCCAGGCUGCAGCUAUAUCAAAGGCCCAGGAAGCUGCUGCAAUGGUAGCGGUCGCACAGGUCCAAGCGGCUCAGGCGCACGUGCAGGCGCAAGCUCAAGCACAAGCACAGGCUCAAGCUCAUGCUCAGGCACAGGCGCAGGUACAGGCUGCACAGGCACAUGCGCACGCGCAUGCAGCGGCACAGGCACAAGCUGCACAGGUACAGGCACAGGUGGCGCAUGCACAAGCGCACGCGCAGGCUCAGGUCGCUCAAGCAGUAGCUGCGCAACAACAACACCAACAGAAGCAACUGGAAGAUAUCAAUCGUGCUGUGAUCAUGCAGCGUCUACAGGCCGCACGUCCUGGCCAUCCUCAAACGGCACUCGGCGCUCCCACUGCUGCGGCCGUAGGCAUGAUGCCGCUGCCUGGUCAAAUGCAAUUAAUGCAGCCGAUGUUACGUCCGGCCAUGGCACUGGGACCGCACGGACCGCUACUGGGUGGUAACAUGUUGCGAGCACCAGGCGGUUUGUCUGGAAUGCCAGGUUUGGUGCCAGUACAAGCCAUACAAAUGCCGGGUAUGCCCAUGCCCGGCAUGGGUGUCAUGCUACCCGGCCAUCCCGUUCUGCAGAUGAUGCCACGAUUUCGGUGAUCCGUUGCCCAAGGUGCGCCGCCCAUUUGUCUGGCAGCGCCGCUGUUAGAGACACCGAUGCCGUUAUUAUAUCCUCCGGAGAGAUAAAAGUGGAAGUAAGCAAUAAUGCAUUUAGCAUCGCCUGAGACAAACAAAUUGAAACAACAAAUAGCAAAAGCUGUGAAACAAUAACAAAACAACGGCAGAACUUGUGUUGUGCAAAUUAAAUAAAAACUAAAAAUAUCUAUAUAAAAGUUGAAACAAAGAAAAACAAGCAUUUGAAUCAGAUCACAAUGGAAUGCGGAGCUCAGCAGUGCCACCCAGUAGCGCUUGUAGCAAACUGGUAUAACAACAACACGCAAAUGCAAAGUGCAGCCAGCAGCAUGUAUGCAACUAACAUCACAAAAACAACAUUAAAUUGAGAACAACGACAGCAAGAGCGACAACAAGCAAGUUCAAAAUUUUUUAAUCCAUUCUAUUUACUCGUAAACUCACCCUUGAACUCAUGACUACUAAAUAGUUGUUUUUUUUUGUAACUUAAAUGAGCGUAUUUUUAAGCAGCGUUGUUGUUGCCACUUUAAACAGAAACCAAGUUUUUACUUUUGUUAAUUUUUCCCCCUACUCAUUUCACGAGUUUUGCAAGGCGCCAUUUUAACCGAAAGACGUGUCGUUACACACACACACAAGCAUAAUUACGCAUGCAACAAAUAUACAAGCACCCAACUCAGCACCAUGAGAAGGAUGGAGCGAGACUACUGGUACUUUACAAAAUAAAAUAAACAAAAAUCCAAAACAAACUAAGAAAUUUGAAAAUGCGCUUUUUGGGUUAAUGUGGUGGCUAGUUAUUUAAUUAUACCUAUGAUUUUUUGGUUUUCUGUUUUAAAUUAUUAUAUUUCGAUUUUGAUACUCAGUGGAUUCGCUUUAGUUAUAAAUUUCUUCUUUCAAUGCUAUUUACAUUUAUAUAUUUAUAUACAUAUUUGUACACAUCCAUACAUAUAUAUUAUACAUAUAAUAAUUUGUUUGUUUCUUUUAGUUGUCUGCUAUUUUUUCAAUUAAAAUUAUGUUAAACUUUGCUUAGACAAAACAAUUAAAGCGAAACAAACAUAGACAUGCAAUAAAAUGAAAUGAAAAUGUAAGUUCUUGCAACCAA